CACCUCUCAAGUUCAGUUCAGUUCAGAUCACAGAGUCUUCGUCUCACUGCAAGAGUCCUGGAGGAUCAGGAAAGAUCUUUCUGCUUGUGAUUGUCUGAAACAUGAUGAGAACCCUGCAUGACUUGUCCGAUCUGAAAGAGACCGGGUUCGGUCAGCCCCGUCCCAGACACGGUCUGAGCUUGCUGUGGUGGUUUGCUCAUAAUUGUGUUAAGAUUGACUCCAACGGUCACAUGACUGCAAAGUGUGACCUUGCAAAUGGAGCAUUUGGCUUUCAUCGAUUCUAUAAUAAGGAAACACUUCUUCCUAAAAUUUAUCUGCCAUACUAUGAGGUGGGCAACCUGAGCACCCCUGGGUCACUGCCUCUUUAUGUCACAAGACAUUACACAGGAGAGUUGGACAGCAGCAACAAAGAUCGCAUCAUUGUUUCCUUUGACUCAGGCUGGAACAGGUUCCACCACAUUUAUGUGACACGGCACUCAGAUCAGACAAACUUUGACCCGAGUCACACUUUCCGCAUUAGCCUUGGUCUUCUGAGGGAAAUUAAAAGGUUGAGCUAUGAAGACUUCCUCAGAGAAACCAUGAAUGAUCUGAAACCUUAUCAGAGACGUAGAAAUUCCAUCACAUUCUCACCACCCUCAUUUUCACUUCAGUCACUGCAGGGUCAAAGGUCACACCAAUCUCCUUGGCUUUUCUGUGCAUGCUGCAUCCUUCUGAUUUGUGCACUGUUGCUUUUCUACAAAGAGUGUGGAUUGGGUCAGCCGUGGCCCAGACAUGGACUCGAGCUCUUGUACUGGUUUGAUAAAGAAUGGUUUCUGGUGUGUGACCCCAUGGAGGAAGACUUUGGCUUUCACCUCUUUGAGAACAGAUGCAGUAAACAUAAAGGGAGUCACAACACAACACCGGCCAGCAAGACGACAGCAAUGCAGAUCGCAUCAUUGUCACCGAUCACGGAGAGAGGUUUGGGAAAAUUCACGUGA